AUGCCAGCUUUCCGGGCCCCGGGGAGCGCGGGCGCGGCGGCAGCCGGGAGCUGGGCAGCGGAGCAGAUGAUGCGCGCCGAGGCGAGGGGCCCCGGCGGCGGGGGACCGGCCCAGCGAGUGUCAGGAGCUCGAGGGACGCUGGGCGCCGCACCCCACCCCCGCGCCCCGCCCCGAGCCGGCGGAGGAGAGGCCGGGCUGCCGGGCCGCCUUGGACCGAGGGAAGGAGCUGGGCUCGUGGGUCUCUCAGGACCUCUUCCUAAUCCAGGGUCUGAUCUGUCUUCCCCAGCAGCUUGCACGACCUGCACUCAUCCCUCCUCUCUUAUGCUCAUCAAAGGUAUCCAGGAGUCUCCUGUGCCGAAUGGGCACUCACUGCCGGGCAGAGAUUUCCUCCGGAAGCAGAUGCGGGGAGACCUGUUCACGCAGCAGCAGCUGGAGGUGCUGGACCGCGUGUUUGAGAGGCAGCACUACUCGGACAUCUUCACCACUGCGGAGCCCAUCAAGCCCGAGCAGUGGUGCCCCGUGCUGAUGAGACAAUACUUGGUGCAGCCCCAGGCAGUCCUUUUCCAGACUGCCGAUUAUUCCACCAUGGCCUCGCUGGCUGGAGGGCUGGAUGACAUGAAGGCCAACCUGACCAGCCCCACUCCUGCCGACAUCGGGAGCAGUGUGCCCGGGCCGCAGUCCUACCCCAUUGUGACAG